CGCCGGUGCAGACCGCGGAAGAGUCCGGGGCCCCGAGACAUGGGCAACAUCCCGCCGCGCUGCGAGAACAGGUUCCGGUCACUUCCGCCUGUCGGAACCCCGUCCCCGGCAGCCGCGCUAGUUCCGGCGCCCGGAACCUGGCGGGGACGGCGAGGAGUACGGCCCGAGACGCGGCAGAGGCUGCGGCCACGACCGGCCGGCAGCCCCAGACGAAGAGCGGAGCCUAGCGGGCCCUGCCCGUCGGCGGGGACUCGCAGGCCCCCGAGACCCGGCGGAGGAGCCGACACCCAGCCCUGAGCCAAUCCCGCCCCGGCCCCGGAGGGACUCCCGGGCGCCCUUCCCCGCGGCUCGCCCACUUCCCUCCGUGACGAAGUUUUCUCCUGUGCCUUCCCGAGGAGGAUCGCUCUCUCGCUCUAGGACUCGCCUUCUGGCGGACUUGCUUGGUUUGCUUUGGGAGGUAACUUGCUUCGCUCCCACCCACAUCUCCUUUCCUUGACCUCUUCCAGUCGGACGUUCUAGGUGACUGAAUGGAGUUUUGAGUUGGACUCUUGUGUCCCUUACAGAGUUGAGCCUGGUCCUGGAGCGCUGGGGGUGGGGUGGCGUCAGCUGUAAGAUGCAAGUUGGAUAAAAGGAGGACCUCUCGCCAAGGGCCCCAGUGAAUGGCACACAGUCUACUAUCACCGACGGGUUGCAUCUGUGGAGUGUACCUAUGUGCCAAGCACAGAGCUGUGCUUAGGAGGCAGUGGUGAACAAGUCGUUCAUGGCUCCCUGUCUACAUGAAUUCACAGCCUGGCAGAGAGUGAAGCCCUAAGCCCUGGCAGGUUUUGACAGUUCACUGGGAAGCCAUAUCACCUUGCUGGCUGCCACGCCGUGUAGCAUGCAGGAUCUUAGUUCCCCCGACCAGGAAUGGAACCCGUGUCCCCUGCAGUGGAAGCACAGAGUCUUAACCACUGGACCGCCAGAGAAGUCCCUCAUUAAUUUUUUAUAUAUAUAGAAAGAUAUUUAUUAUAUGGAACUGGCUCACGUGAUUUUGGAGACUGACAAGUACCAAGAUCUGCAGGGAUCGGUAACAUUCAAAGAUGUGACUAUGGCCUUUACCAAGAAGGAACGGGAGCAACUAGAUCCUGCUCAAAAGAGCCUGUACAAGGAUGUGAUGUUGGAGAAUUACAGCAACCUAGCCUCAUUGGUAACGUAUCAAGCUCUCAAACCAGACAUGAUAUCCAAGUUGGGAAAAGGAGAAGAGCCAUGGCUGGGGAAGGGGAAAAGACCCAGACAAGGUGGUCUGAGUGAAAUAGCAAGACCCAAGGGAAUAGGAGCCAAUGGAAAAGAAGUCCAGCAAGAUGAUGACCAGCUAGAGAACCACCAGGAAUCUCAAAACAAACUCCUUGGGGAAGUUGCUUUCAAGAAAACAACUCUGACUAAGAAAAAGGGCCAUGAAUGUAGUUCAUUGGGGAAAAAAAAUGUGAGUACAAAAUAUGUUCCUUCAAAAAAAAAGCUUCUUAAAUUUGAUUCACAUGGAAAGAAUUCAGACUUACCUGGUCAUGUAAGAAAUUAUGUAGAAAAGAAACCUGAUGUAGCUAAAGAGCAUACGAAAUCAUUCAGCCAUAGCUUAUCUGAUACAAAAAAAGACAAAAAUCAAACUGGAAAAAAAUGUGAGAAAUUACCCAACCAUAGCUCAUCUAAUAGGCCUGACAAAACUCAAACUGGCAAGAAACAUACUGAAUGGGACAAAAUUCAAACUGGAGAAAAACAUAAGGAAUCAUCCAGCCAUAGCUCAUCUCCUACUAAGCGUGACAAAACUCAGAAUAAAGUGAAACCAUAUGAAUGUAAUGAAUGUGGGAAGGUUCUCAGCCACAAACAAGGACUCGUUGACCAUCAGAGAAUUCAUACAGGUGAGAAACCCUUUCAAUGUAGUGAAUGUGGGAAAGCUUUCAGCAAGAAGUCACACCUCAUUAUACAUCAAAGAACUCAUACUAAAGAGAAACCCUAUAAAUGUAAUGAAUGUGGAAAAGCCUUUGGACAUAGCUCAUCUCUUACUUACCAUAUGAGAACUCAUACAGGUGAAAGUCCUUUUGAAUGCAACCAAUGUGGGAAGGCUUUCAAGCAAAUUGAAGGUCUUACUCAACAUCAGAGAGUUCAUACUGGGGAGAAGCCCUAUGAAUGUAAUGAAUGUGGGAAAGCCUUUACCCAAAAGUCACACCUCAUUGUACAUCAGAGAACUCAUACUGGGGAGAAACCCUAUGAAUGUAAUGAAUGUGGAAAAGUGUUCAAUGCAAAGUCACAACUUGUUAUACAUCAGAGAUCCCACACUGGAGAGAAACCUUAUGAAUGUAAUGAAUGUGGAAGAGCCUUCAAACAAAAUUCAGGACUUAUCGUACAUCAGAUAAUUCAUACUGGGGAAAAACCAUACAAAUGUAAUGACUGUGAAAAAGCCUUUAUUCAGAAGUCACAGCUCACUGUACAUCAGAGAACUCAUACAGGAGAGAAGCCCUAUGAAUGUAGUGAAUGUGGAAAAGCAUUCAUCCAGAAGUCAAACCUCAUUAUUCAUCAGAGGAUUCACACAGGGGAGAAACCCUAUGAAUGCAAUGAAUGUGGGAGGGCUUUCAUCAAGAAGUCAGCUCUUAGUGUUCAUCAAAGAGCUCAUACGGGGGAGAAACCAUAUGAAUGUGAUGAAUGUGGAAAAGCCUUUAUCUGGCGGUCACAGCUCAUCGUACAUCAGAGAAUUCAUACUGGGGAGAAACCCCAUAGAUGUAAUGAGUGUGGAAAAGCCUUCAACAGAAAGUCAGAACUAAGUGUGUAUCACAGAAUUCAUACUGGAGAGAAACCCUUUGAAUGUAAUGAAUGUAAAAAAGCCUUCAUUCAGAAGUCAGAUCUCAUUGUACAUCAGAGAACUCACACUGGGGACAAAAGAUAUCAAUGCAAUGAAUGUGGGAAAGCCUUCAUCCGGAGUUCACAGUUCAUUGAACAUCAGAGAAUUCAUACUGGGGAGAAACCUUAUGAAUGUAGUGAAUGCAGAAAAGCUUUUAUCCAGAAAUCACAACUCAUUGUGCAUCAGAGAAUCCAUACUGGGACAAAACCAUAUGAAUGCACUGAGUGUGGAAAAGCCUUUAGCAAGAAGUCACACCUUACUGUACAUCAUAGAAUACAUACUGGAGAAAAACCCUAUGAAUGCAGUGAUUGUAGAAAAGCUUUCAGCAAGAAAUCUACUCUCAUUGUUCAUCAAAGAAUACAUACUGGAGAGAAACCUUAUGAAUGUAAUGAAUGUGGAAAAGCUUUUAGUCAGAGCACUAACCUUAUUCAACAUCAAAGAGUCCAUACUGGGGAGAAACCUUAUGAGUGUAAUGAAUGUGAAAAAGCCUUUAGUCACAGGUCAUCCCUUAGAAAUCAUGAGAGAAUACAUACUGGAGAAAAACCCUAUCCUUGUAAUGAAUGUGGAAAAGUUUUCAGCCAUAUUUCAGCCCUUACUCAACAUCACAGAAUUCACACUGGAAAGAAACCAUAUGCAUGUGUUGAAUGUGGGAAAACCUUCAGCCGGAGCACACAUCUUAUAGAACAUCAAGGCAUUCAUUCUGGGGAGAAAUCCUACCAGUGUAAGGAAUGUAAGAAAGUUUUUUGCCACAGCUCAUCACUAAUCCGACAUCAGAGAACUCACACAGGAGAAAAACCCUACAAAUGUAAUGAAUGUGGAAAAGCCUUCAGCCAUACCCCAGCCUUCAUUCAACAUCAGAGAAUUCAUACUGGAGAGAAACCUUAUGAAUGUAAUGAAUGUGGAAGAGCUUUUAGUCAGAGCACUAACCUUAUUCAACAUCAAAGAGUCCAUACUGGGGAGAAACCUUAUGAGUGUAAUGAAUGUGAAAAAGCCUUUAGUCACAGGUCAUCCCUUAGAAAUCAUGAGAGAAUACAUACUGGAGAAAAACCCUAUCCUUGUAAUGAAUGUGGGAAGGCUUUCAGCCAUAUUUCAGCCCUUAUUCAGCAUCACAGAAUUCACACUGGAAAGAAACCAUAUGCAUGUGUUGAAUGUGGAAAAACCUUCAGCCGGAGCACACAUCUUAUAGAACAUCAAGGCAUUCAUUCUGGGGAGAAAUCCUACCAGUGUAAGGAAUGUAAGAAAGUCUUUUGCCACAGCUCAUCACUAAUCCGACAUCAGAGAACUCACACAGGAGAAAAACCCUACAAAUGUAAUGAAUGUGGAAAAGCCUUCAGCCAUACCCCAGCCUUCAUUCAACAUCAGAGAAUUCAUACUGGAGAGAAACCCUAUGAGUGUAAUGAAUGUGGAAAGGCCUUUAAUCGGAGUGCACAUCUUACUGAACACCAGAGAACUCACACUGGAGAGAAACCUUAUGUUUGUAAGGAAUGUGGAAAAACUUUCAGCCGAAGUACACACCUUACUGAACAUCUAAAAAUACAUUCUGGUGUGAAACCCUAUCAAUGUAAUGAAUGUCAAAAACUGUUUUGCUAUAGAACAUCAUUAAUUCGACAUCAGAGAACUCAUACAGAAGCGAAACCCUACCAGUGUAAUGAAUGUGGGAAAUCCUUCAGCUUAAGCUCAGCCCUUACUAAACAUAAGCGAACACACACAGUGGAGAAACCUUAUCAGAGUAAUGAAUGUGGGAGAGCCUGCAGCCAUAGGUCAUCCCUUACCCCUGAGCACUCACAGUAGUAAAAAACUCUUAAGAUUGUUAUGCAAGAAAAACUUGAGGUAAAAUACUCAUUUACUCAAUAUUAUAGUGUUUGUACUGAGAAGAAACACU